AUGAUACAAAAUGAAUUACAUAAAUUAGCUACAGAUGAAUCAGCUAUUGCUGAAUACUAUAAAAAUUUAAAUAUGUUAUCAAAUGAAUGGGAUUUAAUUCAAAUUAAGCAACAUGUUCAAUAA